GGCCAUGGCGCUGGCGGAGCUGGCCGCGCGGCUGAACUGCGCCGAGUACAAGAACUGGGUGAAGGCCGGGCACUGCCUGCUGCUGCUGCGGGACGCCCUGCAGCGCUUCGCCGGGGAGCAGCUCCGCGCCUUCCACCGCCAGCUGCUCGCCCGCCUGCCGCCCCCAGGCCGCCUCUGCCGCAGCCGCUGCCUUCCCCGGGGCCGGCAGUUUCAGUCCAGCUGUUCACUGUGCACAGAGUGGAAAAAGGAGAUUUUGAAUCAUCACACCAACAGGAAUGGAGAAGUUCACUGGGGAAACUGCAAACCUUGGCUUUGGCCUUCUAACUCAUGGGAACUUGCAAAGGCUUAUAUGCCUCGUGGGCAGAUGGAUAUUUCUGGACCAGAAAAGUGUGAUGCAGCUGCUCUUCUAAACCUUCUCAACUUUUGUGAUCACUUCAGUGGUAUUGACCAGAAGAAAGUCAAAGAGGUGAUUAAGUGCCGCAAUGAGUUAAUGCAUUCUUCAGAAAUGAAAGUUUCUUCUUUAUGGUUGGAAGAGUUUGGAAAGAAGAUUCAGAAUUUAUUAAAGGAACUCCAGAAUGUUCCAGAAGUUAUGACAGCUAGUACAAGGAUAGAAAAGCUUCUGUCAUCGGAUUGGACUGUUUAUAUACCAGGGGAAGAAGAUCAGCCAGAUGGAUUGGAAGGAGAAACAGAAGUUUGCAUGAGUGGGAGCCAAAUAAGUGAAAUAGAGAUGGAAUUAAUAAAGGAAAGACUGAAAGAGAUCUAUCUUCUGGUAGAAGAGCAGGAGAUGCUGUCUGAAGAGAACUUAAAUAGGAUACAGAUGACAAAGAAGUUCUUAAAGGACAGCGGUGAUCUCCAAAUAAGUCUUCAGGCAGAUAUGCAGAGGCUAGAAGGCCUUGAAAAAGAGGGGUACAACCAAAGAUCUGUGAAAGAGACCAUGAAAGAAUAUCCUGAUCAGGAGGAAGAUGAAGGUUGUUCGUUAAAGAAAAUGAAGUGUAUUCCCAAAGAACAACUUUUGUGAAAAUGCCAGUGACUGUAUUUUGAAGAGAAAUUCCUUAACGUGACAUUCAAUGGAGUGAAAAACCAUCCUUGUGAUGAAUUGUAUUUUAACAAGAAGAAAUCCUGACGCAUCAAAAUCCAGUGGCGAGAAUUCAAAAAAGUUCUCAUUCUUUUCAGAUUCCGUUUAUUGCUUAAAUUACCGAAAAGCCAAGGAGAGGAUAUUCCCCAUCCCUAAACCUAGGGUCUGAUGCAAAGGCAUCAAAUACCAACCUUUCUUUAUGGAAUUAUGGGGCCCAUGUGGGUGUUCAGAGUUUAUAGACGCUAAGAUUUCAUUUAACAACAACAAAAAGAUUCAUAUUUCUUCAUAGUUGUGAUGAAAACCAUCCAUGUGAUAGAGUAACCUGCUGCAGUAUUUUUUAAGACUGCAGAGAGCCUGAAAGAGUGACUCAGACGUGUGACCUUCCUACCCCCCAUUUAACUCAUUGGGGGUUAAAACCAAAUUGAUUACAUUUAGAUAUCAUCAUUCACUUUCGUAUCUGAAGAUCUUAGUGGAUGGGCAAGAGGUGUGAACUGAUGCUGCAGAGAAGGAAGUGAAGAGAAGAAAAGAGAGACAGACAUAGGAGGCGGAGGAGGAAAAACUGAGAAGGAUGAAGAAUGAAAAGUAAUGAAGGACAUACACCCACCCACAGGAGCAGUGCUGUUUAUUUUCCUACUGAUUGAUGUGGAUGUGACUAUAAGAUACUAAACAAGUACUAAGCUAAACUUUUAUUUAUUUAGUACAUAAGGGCCAUAUUCUACCCUUGGUUUUGUACACACCCCACUCACUGGAUGAAUUGAGUAUCUUUUCAUAAAUGUAUGAACCAUAAUUAAAAAUAAAACGUGGCCUUCUGUGAUUGAGUUUGA